AUGUUACCCAAUGUUACCCUGGGAUUUAACAUUUAUGAUAGUCACCUGAACAUAAAGUGGACUUAUCAUGCAGCAAUGCAACUGAUUUCUCCAAACAGCAAACUUUUGCCCAACUAUAAGUGCAUAAUUCAAGACAAUCUUUAUGCAGUUAUUGAGGAAUUGAUCUCAGAUAUCAUGCACCAGUUUCCAAUUCUCAUGAGUCUUUAUAAAAUUCCACAGCUCAUGUAUGGAUCUGCUAGAGUUGAAGCAGAAGAUACCAAUCUCUCUUCCUAUUACCAAAUGGUUCCAAAUGGAAUUUAUGAGUAUAGGGGUAUCCUCCACUUACUUCUACAUUUUAGUUGGAGAUGGAUUGGAUUCUUGGUGGCAAAUGGCAUGGAUUUAGAUUGGUUUUUACAUAUCCUGGUACCUGAGUAUUCCAAAAAAGGCAUUUGUUUUGCCUUCAUAAAGUUAUUUGAUAGUUCAUGUUAUAAUGCAAAUACUGGAUUUUUUUUCGACUGUAUAAUAGAAUUUUAUGAGACAGUAAUGGGUAAUGAAGCCAAUGUCUUGAUUUUUAAUGGAGAUACACAUUCUAUGAUCAUUUUGAGAUAUUUACUAAAUACUGAUUACAAAGAACUAUUUGGAACCCAAAAAGGGAAAGUAUGGAUCCUGACGAUAGGGAUGGAGUUAAGAUAUUUUGCCAGUAAAAAAACUUGGGAUUUGCAGGACUUUCAUGGUGCAAUAUCAUUUACAAUUCAUGCCAAAGAACUGAAAGGAUUCCGGCAACAUAUACAGGAUCUAAAGCCUUCUGAUAUAAAAGAAGAUGGCUUUAUCAAGGAUUUCUGGACUCAUGCAUUUGGAUGUGCAUUUCAAGAUUCUGAUCUGGGAGAUGGGAAGGAGUAUAUUUGCAGUGGAGAAGAGAAAUUAGAGAGCCUUCCUGAAUAUAUUUUUCCAAAAAGAGUAACAGGACACAGUUAUAGCAUUUACAAUGCUGUGUAUGCUGUGGCUCAUGCUCUGCAAGCCAUGUAUUCUUCCACAUCUGGAAGAAAGUUAGUGAUGAAAGAAGUGGAAAAGAAGCAUCAUCGUCGUGGCUGGCUGGCAUUGCCUCUUUCUCUCUGUAAUGCUCUUUGCCAACCUGGAACUAGAAAAAAAAGGAAAGAAGGGAAACCCUUCUGUUGUUAUGAUUGUAUUACAUGCCCAAAAGAAUCAAUAUCCCAUCACAAAGACAUGGCUGACUGUGUCAAAUGCCCUGAUGAUUACUAUGCUAAUGAAGAUAAGAACACCUGUAUUCCCAAGAUUAUAAGCUUCUUAUCUUAUGAAGAACCUUUGGGUAUCAGUUUAGGCACCAGUGCUCUUUUAUUUUCAUUGGUAACAGUUAUGAUAUUAGGAAUAUUUCUGAGGUACCACAAUACUCCCAUUGUGAAAGCCAAUAACUGUGGCCUUUCCUACAUGCUUCUUAUUUCACUCAUGUUGUGCUUCCUUUGUGCAUUGCUCUUCAUUGGACAACCAAAGAAGGCCACAUGCUUUCUCCAGCAAAUAGCCUUUGGCAUUGUCUUCACAUUGGCUGUUUCUUGUGUUCUAGCAAAAACCAUCACUGUGGUUCUCAUUUUCAUGGCAACCCAACCAGGAUCCAGGCUCAAAAAAUGUGUAGGGAACAGUCUGGCUUGUUCUAUUGUUCUUUCUUGCUCUUUUCUUCAAGUAAGCAUUUCUCUGGUGUGGAUGGCAACUUCUCCUCCAUUUCCAGAUAUGGACAUGCAUUCAGUUCCUGAAGUAAUUGUUUUGAAGUGCAAUGAGUCAUCACCCGUCAUGUUUUAUUGUGUAUUGAGUUAUAUGGGUUUCCUGGCAAUAGUCAGUUUCACUGUGGCUUUCUUUGCUCGCAAGUUGCCAAAUAGUUUUAAUGAGACCAAACUUAUAACAUUCAGCAUGUUGGUAUUUUGUAGUGUUUGGUUCACUUUUGUCCCCACUUACUUGAGUGCCCAUGGAAAAUAUAUAGUAGCUGUGGAGAUCUUCUGCAUCUUAUCUUCCAGUGCUGGAUUGCUGGGCUGUCUCUUUUUCCCCAAAUGCUAUAUUAUUUUGUUGCGACCUGAGUUGAAUAAGAAACAAUUCUUAAGAAGAAAGCAGUAG